AUGUUUGAUGAUCCGCUCCCCACUCCUCAUGGAUUUUAUCAGUCCGGAGACUUUCUCAUCGGUGAGAUAGUUUCUCAAGUCUUCUUCCACUAUAAUACCCUCUCGUUCAUGGAACAGCCUUCACAGAUGAUGAUUGAUGAACCUUUUUCAGUCCCAAAGAAUUAUCAGCACAUCCUGGCCUUAGCAUUUGCUGUCAAGGAGAUCAAUGAGAACCCCAACAUUUUAUCAAAUAUUUCUUUAGGGUUCCACAUCCUCAAUAGCUAUUAUGCUGCAAGGAUGACUUAUAAGGCGACAAUGAACCUGCUUUCCACACAACAUGGGUUUAUCCCCAACUUCAAGUGUGACAAACAGAACAAUUUGAUAGCACUCAUUGGAGGGUGCAUCUCUGAAAUCUCUGCCAGUGUGGCCAUCCUUUCAGCAAUCUACAAGACUCCACAAAUGGUCCCAAAUGAAGCUCACCAGCAAAUGGGAGUUGUGAGGUUACUUCAACAUUUUGGAUGGACAUGGAUUGGGCUCGUGGCUGUGGACGAUGACAGAGGGGACAGGUUUUUACAGACAAUUGUGCCAAUCCUUUCCCAGAAUGGCAUCUGCCAUGCCUUCACCAUAAGAAUACCAAAAUGGAAUUAUGUGGAUGAGAUGAUAGACUAUGUUUUCCAGAACUGGAAAAAUUAUAUAGUUGUCUUUGAGAGAAACCCCAGUAUCCAUCACUUUCUGAGUAACCUAUUAUUCAACAACAGUGCAGGGGACACUGUGCAUUUUGAUGACAAUGGAGAAUUAGUUGCUGGUUUUGAUGUUACAAACUGGGUGAUGUUCUCUAAUGGCUCAGUGGUAAGAGUAAAAAUUGGAAGACUUGAACCCCAGGCUCCUCCUGGCAAAGAGUUAACCAUUAAUGAAGACGAAAUUACAUGGCACCCAACCUUCAACCAAGUGCUGCCUGUUUCUGUGUGCAAUGACCACUGCUAUCCUGGCUACAAUAGGAAAAAGAGGGAAGGAGAGAAAUUUUGCUGCUAUGAUUGUGCUCCAUGUCCAGAAGGGAUGAUCUCUAGCCAGAAAGAUAUGGACGCCUGUGUCAAAUGCCCAGAAGAUAAGUAUCCCAACAAUUACCAAACUCAAUGUAUUCCCAAGGUUUUAAGUUACCUCUCUUACAAAGAAAAUUUAGGGAUCAUAUUAGUUGUCUUGGCCAUUUUUUUCUCUUUGAUCACAGUUAUAGUACUUGGAACAUUCAUGAAGCACAAUAACACUCCUAUAGUCAAAGCCAACAAUCAGACUCUGACCUACAUCCUCCUCAUCUCCCUCCUCCUUUGUUUCCUUUGCUCUUUUCUCUUCAUUGGACAGCCUGGAAAGAUUAUUUGCCUCCUCCGACAAAUGACUUUUGGCAUCAUCUUCUCUGUAGCUUUGUCCUCUGUCUUGGCAAAGACCAUCACCGUGGUUCUGGCAUUCAUGGCAACCAAACCAGGAUCUAGCAUGAGAAAAUGGGUUGGGAAAGGCCUGGCAAAUUCUAUUGUCUUUUCCUGCUCCUUUAUCCAAGCUGCAAUUUGUAUUUUUUGGUUAAGUACUUCCCCACCAUUCCCAGAUAGGAACAUGGACUCACUGAAUGUGGAAAUCAUACUGGAAUGUAAGGAGGGAUCAGCUGCCAUGUUUUAUUGUGUCUUAGCCUAUAUGGGUUCCCUGGCCAUUCUCAGUUUCAUAGUGGCUUUUCUAGCCAGGAAGCUACCUGACAGUUUCAAUGAAGCCAAGUUCAUCACUUUCAGCAUGUUGGUGUUUUGCAGUGUUUGGUUGUCCUUUGUUCCAACCUACUUGAGCACCAAAGGAAAAUACAUGGUGGCUGUGGAGAUUUUCUCCAUCUUGGCUUCCAGUGCUGGGUUACUGGGUUGCAUCUUUUCCCCCAAAUGUUAUAUUAUUGUUUUGAGGCCUGAGCUGAACAACAGGGAGCAACUGAUAAUUAGAAAUAGAGAAAGUAAGUAA